UGUGGAAGUGGGAGGUGGGGGCUGGCGGUUGGCCGGACGUCCAGGAGGCCGUGCGGUUCGCCCCGUCAGCCGUCGCCCUCAUGUUCGCGGGGCGGGAAAGUGAGGGCCAAAGCGGGGCGGCGGGGCUGCCGUAAUUGCGGCCGUGCUGCGCGGAGGAGCGGCGGGUUUUGCGGGGCCUCCCGUAAUUACCCCUCUAAGGCCCCCUCUGAAAUUGCCCUUAUUGCAGCCGUGAGAUCCCCGCCCCUCUGGCUUCUCCCUCGCAGCCGGUUCAAAACACCGCGCCGUCUUAAGAACGGGCGCCUUGGGCUCAGGUGGGCAGGCUUAGCCCCCGAGCCCAAGUCCUCUCCGCAGAGAUCUCCUGUGCUUCAGGUUGCAGGUGCGCUUCAGGUGCCUGCCUCAGUCCUAGAAUUACAGAGCUGGAAGGGAUCCUGGGGGUCAUCAAGCCCAACCCCCUUAUGCAAUGCAGGGAUCUCAACUAAAGCAUCCCUGACAGAUGGCCACCGCCAGCCCUGCUGCUCUGCCUCUUCCUCCUCUGCCUGCGCUGGAGUGGUGCAGUAGCUGAACGGGGGAAUACCAAAGUGUUAAAUGCUAGACGACUCAUUUGCAAGGUGCCUUGGUGUUAAGGAACUGGAAGAGAUCAACAGCCAUAUCUUAACUGUUCAACUGUGAUGUUGAAUCAUGCCUCGGCCAACUCCCAAUGGAUAAAUCUUUGCUGUCCAAAACCCUGCUCAGAGAGGAAAAUACGCUUGCAGCUGAGGAGCUCCAAACAACAGGCAAUGCUCCGCCAGCACAACAAGGAUAUCUCUAAGUGACUUAGUGCUACGCUGGAUACAGCCCUUGGUUCUGCCAUCCAUGCUUUCCCCCUCCUGUCUUUGAUGAGCCAUGGCCACCACAAACCCUUUGGAAAACCUCCAGGUAGAAGCCAGCUGCUCUGUCUGCCUGGAGUACCUCAAGGACCCCGUGAUCAUUGACUGCGGCCACAAUUUCUGCCGGGUGUGCAUCACCCGCUGGUGGGAAGAUCUGAACCGGGACUUCCCCUGCCCCGUCUGCCGCAAGACUUCGCGCCACCGCAUUCUGAGGCCCAACCGGCAGCUGGGCAACAUGGUGGAGAUAGCCAAGCAGCUGCAGGUCACGAACAAGCGCAAGGUGCGGGAUGAGAACUUGUGCGAGAAGCACAAUGAAGUCCUCCGCCUCUUCUGCAAGGACGACCAGGAGGCUGUUUGCUUAGUGUGCGAGAUCUCUCACGAACACCGCUCCCACACGGUGGUGACCCUGGACGAUGCCUCCUUGGAGUAUAAGCAGGAAAAGCUGCAGAAAUGCCUGGAGCCACUUGAACGAAAGCUGCAUGAGAUCGGCCAGUGCAGAUCCCGGGAGGAGAAGAAGCCUGGGGAGCUCAAGCGGAAGGUUGAGGACCGCCGCCAACUCAUCAUCCGAGAGUUCGAGGAGAUGCAUUUGUUCCUGGAGGAGGAGCAAGAAGUGCUGAUGCAACACCUGGAGGACGAGGAGAAGGAGAUCUUGCAGAAACUAAAGGACAAUGUGGCUGAGCUGUCUGAGCAGCGGGUCUCCCUCAACAGCCUCAUCACGGAAAUCGAGGAGAAGUGUCUGCAGUCAGGCAUGGAGAUGCUCAAGGAUGUGAAGCACACCCUCGAAAGAUGUGAAGAGGUGCAGGCCCAGAAGCUCAACUUGGUCUCCAUCGAGCUGGAAAAGAACUUCUGCAACUUCCCCAGGCAGUACUUCGUCCUGCGCAAAAUCAUCAAGAAGCUCACAGGAGAUUUGACCCUCGACCCCGAGACGGCCCAUCCCAACUUAGUGCUCUCGGAGGACCGGAAGAGCGUCAAGUUUGUGGAGCAACGCCUGCGAGACCUGCCCGACAGCCCGCGGCGCUUCACCACCUACCCUUGUGUCCUGGCGACGGAGGGCUUCACUUCCGGCCGCCACUACUGGGAAGUGGAAGUGGGCGAAAAGACCCACUGGGCCCUAGGGGUCUGUAACGAAUCCGUGAGCCGCAAAGGGGAGACGACCUCCCUGCCGGAGACUGGCUACUGGCGGGUGAGGCUCUUCAACGGGGACAAGUACGCGGCCACCACCACCCCCUUCACGCCCCUCAGUGUCGCCACCAAACCCAAGCGAGUGGGUGUCUUCCUGGACUACGAGGCCGGCAGGCUUUCCUUCUACAAUGUGACGGACCGCUCCCACAUCUACACUUUCACCGACACCUUCACGGAGAAGCUGUGGCCUUUUUUCUACCCAGGAAUCCGUGCCGGACGCAAGAAUGCUGCUCCCCUCAUCAUUCGGCCUCCCACGGACUGGGAGUGACAAGAUGGCCGAUUCUUCUCCCUCUGCCACCCGCAACCUCGUUUUAGAAUUAGCCCUCAAAGGUGGUUUUUAAUUGAAAGAAUUUGAAAAAAUAAUUAUUAGAGCAUAAAGGAAAGUAGAUAAUAUCAAAUAUCUGUUUCCCACCCACCCCCAAACUAAAAUAUUAAUCUAAAUAUCUUA